AUGUCUCUUUCUAAGAAGUUAACUUUGGACAAAGUGGAUGUGAAAGGGAAGCGAGUCGUCAUGAGAGUUGACUUCAAUGUCCCCAUGAAGAAGAACCAGAUUACAAACAACCAAAGAAUCAAGGCCUCUCUCCCAAGCAUCAAGUACUGUCUGGAUAAUGGAGCCAAGUCAGUCGUUCUUAUGAGUCAUUUAGGUAGACCUGAUGGUGUUCCGAUGCCUGAUAAAUACUCCUUAGAGCCUGUUGCUGCUGAACUCAAAUCCUUGUUGGGCAAGGACGUUCUGUUUCUAAAGGACUGUGUGGGUCCGGAAGUGGAGAAAGCUUGUGCCAGCCCAGCCACGGGUACAGUCAUCUUGCUGGAAAACCUGCGCUUUCAUGUGGAAGAAGAAGGGAAGGGCCAAGAUCCUUCUGGAAAUAAGCUUAAAGCUGAGCCAGAUAAAAUAGAAGCCUUUCGAGCAUCCCUCUCCAAGCUAGGGGAUGUGUAUGUCAAUGAUGCUUUUGGCACAGCUCACCGGGCCCACAGUUCCAUGGUGGGAGUGAAUCUUCCCCAGAAGGCGUCUGGAUUCCUGAUGAAAAAGGAGCUAGAUUACUUUGCCAAAGCCUUGGAAAACCCAGAGAGACCAUUUCUGGCUAUACUCGGUGGAGCCAAAGUGGCAGACAAGAUCCAACUCAUCAAAAAUAUGCUGGACAAAGUCAAUGAGAUGAUUAUUGGUGGGGGAAUGGCUUACACCUUCCUUAAGGUAUUGAACAACAUGGAGAUUGGUGCUUCCUUGUUCGAUGAAGAGGGAGCCAAGAUUGUCAAAGAAAUUAUGGCCAAAGCUGGAAAAAAUGGUGUGAACAUUACCUUUCCUGUUGACUUUGUCACUGCUGACAAGUUUGAGGAGAACGCUAAGGUUGGCCAAGCCACUGUAGCAUCAGGGAUACCUGCCGGCUGGAUGGGUUUGGACUGUGGUCCUGAGACCAAUAAGAAGUAUGCAGAUGUGGUGGGGCGAGCCAAGUUAAUUGUGUGGAAUGGACCUGUAGGGGUAUUUGAAUGGGAUGCUUUUGCUAAAGGAACAAAGGCCCUCAUGGAUGAAGUUGUGAAAGCCACUUCCAAGGGCUGUAUCACCAUUAUAGGAGGUGGAGACACUGCUACAUGCUGUGCCAAAUGGAGCACUGAAGAUAAAGUCAGUCACGUGAGCACUGGAGGAGGUGCCAGUCUAGAGCUUCUGGAAGGUAAAGUCCUUCCUGGAGUGAAUGCCCUCAGCAACCUGUAG